AUGCCACACUAUGCACUGUGUAUGUUAGAUAAAUUCCGUUGUGAGUACAUUGUCCAUUUCUAUGGUGCCGUGUUCAUACCGAGUAAUAUAUGUAUGGUCACUGAAUUUGCACAAUUUGGGAGUUUAAAAGAUCUGAUGAAACACAAAAAGAGUGAUGACAUUGAUAUAAAAAUUCGAGUCAAACUAACGAUUGAUGGAGCUAGAGGAAUAUUAUAUUUACAUGAAAAUGGGAUAUUACAGAGAGAUAUCAAACCAGACAAUAUUCUUGUUAUUUCGCUUGACUUAAAUGAAAAGGUCAAUGCUAAAUUGACUGACUUUGGAAGUGCAAGAAAUGUCAAUUUACUGAUGACUAACAUGACAUUCACAAAAGGAAUUGGAACACCUGUGUAUAUGGCACCCGAAGUCUUAAAACAAGAAAAAUACACAAAAAGUGUUGACAUUUUUUCGUUUGGCAUAACUUUAUUCGAAGUGUUUGGGUGGGAAGAUGCUUAUAAAAAUUCCAAGUUCAAAUUUCCAUGGAAAAUUGCCGAGUUUGUAGUUUCUGGUAAACGACUCAAAAAGCCCAAAACUAGUACAAAUCGAGUGAUUUCAAAUGAAGAGUAUAAUUUGAUAUGCGAGUGUUGGCGUCAAAAACGCGAGGAAAGACUUGUAAUUGAAGAUGUGAUAAAUAGACUACAACAAUUAUAUUAA